AGAUCAUUUAAGGGCAGACUAAACCAUUGACCUCACAGCUGCCUCACCUUCUCCGUCUUAAACAUUUCCGGCAUUUCUCGUUUUCAGACCUUACUCUUACCUUUAAAAAAAGCUACCCUCCACAAUGGCAGUGGUGACGGUUUUGUUGGGCUGGUUAGUUCCACUGCUUUACGCGGUACUCGGUUUGCUUCUCGUCGCGUUUUUGUGUUAUUGCACAUAUAUUAAAUACAUACACAUGAAGUAUGAUCAUAUACCUGGACCCCCACGAGACAGUUUCUUCUUUGGGCAUAUGAACUCUUUCUUGACUAUGACGAAGACGGAUCAGCUCGUCUUUGAUCAAUGUUUAGAAUGGUCAGAGAAGUACGGGCCCGUGUACAGGUUGAAUAUUCUGCAUUCUGUUGUUUUGGGUAUCACGUGUCCAGAGGCUACAAAGGAAAUCCUCAUGUCUUCAAAGUUCCCCAAAGACAAAAACUUCCACAAGAGAAUUUUUUAUAUGUUUGGGGAAAGGUUCUUAGGAAAUGGCCUGGUAACAGCAGUUGAUCAUGAGCUGUGGUAUAAACACCGGCGCAUCAUGGACCCAGCCUUCAGCAGCCUAUACCUGAGAGGUCUGAUGGGCACAUUCAAUGAGACGGCAGAGAAACUGAUGGACCGACUGACAGAGGAGGUGGACAACCAGACUGAAGUGUCCAUGCUUAAAAUGGUGAACUGUGUCACCAUGGAUGUGAUAGGAAAGGCUGCAUUUGGAGUUGAACUGGACCUCCUUUACAAAAGUUCUCCUUUCCCAAAAGCCAUUGAGACUUGCCUGCUUGGACUUGUAAUGUCAGCAAGAGACCUAUUGUAUGAGUACAAACCAAGGAACAGAGGUUUCAUUAAAGAGGUGAGAGAGGCCUGUCGUCUGCUGCGCUCAACUGGAGCUCAGUGGAUCAGUGAGAGGAAGACUGCCAUGCAAAAUGGAGAAAAUGUGCCCAAAGACAUCCUCACACAAAUCAUCAAAUCAGCUGGACAAGAGGAAACCAUGACCAAAGAGGAUGAAGAGAUCAUGUUAGACAACUUUGUCACGUUCUUCAUCGCAGGUCAGGAGACGACGGCCAAUCAACUUGCAUUUUGCAUUAUGGAGCUAGGAAGACAUCCAGAUAUACUUGAAAAGUUGAAACAAGAGGUUGACGAUGUUAUUGGAAUGAAGCGGGACAUAAGCUAUGACGACCUGGGGAACCUGGUCUAUCUGUCCCAAGUGCUGAAAGAGACGCUCCGGCUUUAUGCAACAGCUCCAGGGACAAACCGCGAAGUUCCUGUGGACAUGGAGAUUAACGGCCUACAUAUACCUGGGGGAUUCAUUGCUAUGUUUAGCUCCUAUGUAAGCAGCAGAAUGGAGAGAUUCUUCAAAGACCCUCUGAAGUUUGACCCAGACAGAUUUCAUCCAGAUGCUCCAAAGCCUUACUACUGCUAUUACCCCUUUGCACUUGGUCCUCGGGCAUGUCUUGGUCAAAACUUUGCCCAGAUGGAGGCGAAGGUGGUGAUGGCUAAAUUCCUCCAGAGGUUUGAUUUCACACUUGUCCCAGGACAGAGUUUUGACAUAAAGGACACAGGGACACUCAGGCCAAAGAGUGGAGUCCUCUGCACCCUCAAACAUAGACACACCAAAUAAACAAGGGCACGUUCACACACACUGUAUAAAAAAUGGGACUAAACAUGGGCUAGACAACAAGUCAACAAAAGGACUUAAACUAAGCUCCAGCCAGGACUAAUCAAGGACAAGUGUGAAGGCAGAAAAAUGCACUAAAAUGGCACUGGACACUAAUACAUUUUUCACUAAACCAGUUCAUUGCCAAUCACACAGCAAAUAUUAGGUAAUAGGUAAUAUAGUGUUCUGUACGGGGUCUGUCUCUAUAGGGUCUGCCUCUAUGGGGUCUGUCUCUAUAGGGUCUGUCUCUAUAGGGUCUGUCUCUAUGGGGUCUGUCUCUAUAGGGUAUGUCUCUAUAGGGUCUGUCUCUAUGGGGUCUGUCUCUGUGGAGUCUGUCUCUAUAGGGUCUGUCUCUAUUGGGUUUGUCUCUAUAGGGUCUGUCUCUAUGGGGUCUGUCUCUGUGGAGUCUGUCUCUAUAGGGUCUGUCUCUAUUGGGUUUGUCUCUAUAGGGUUUGUCUCUAUAAGGUCUGUCUCUAUUGGGUUUGUUUCUAUAGGGUCUGUCUCUAUGGGGUCUGUCUCUAUAGGGUCUGUCUCUAUAGGGUCUGUCUCUAUGGGGUCUGUCUCUGUGGAGUCUGUCUCUAUAGGGUCUGUCUCUAUUGGGUUUGUUUCUAUAGGGUCUGUCUCUAUGGGGUCUGUCUCUAUAGGGUCUGUCUCUAUUGGGUUUGUUUCUAUAGGGUCUGUCUCUAUGGGGUCUGUCUCUAUAGGGUCUGUCUCUAUUGGGUUUGUUUCUAUAGGGUCUGCCUCUAUGGGGUCUGUCUCUAUAGGGUAUGUCUCUAUAGGGUCUUUUUCUAUAGGGUCUGUCUCUAUGGGGUCUGUCUCUAUAGGAUCUGUCUCUAUAGUAUUUGUCUCUAUGGGGUCUGUCUCUGUGGAGUCUGUCUCUAUAGGGUCUGUGUCUAUAGGUUUUGUCUCUAUUGGGUUUGUCUAUAUGGGGUCUGUCUCUAUAGGGUCUGUCUCUAUAGGUUUUGUCUAUAUGGGGUAAUAUCAUGUGUUAUAUAGAUUUGAUGUGUGGAACUUUGGCCAUUGUAAAUUUUGUAACUACUUUGUAAAUAAAAAUGAUUAAAAAUUAUGUGAUGUACUACU